AUGAAGCUGCUUAUAUUCGGGGCCACAGGAGCAGCGGGAGGGCUGACUGUCCGCAAAGCAAUUGAACACGGCCAUGAAAUAACGCUGCAUGUCCGUGAUAGGAGCAGGGUGCAGGAAGCUAUAUCGAGUUCAGACAGAGUCAAGGCUAUACACGAGGGUUCUCUCUCUGACGAGCCUUCGCUGUCGGCGGCAAUCAAAGGACAAGAUGCCAUACUAUCAUGCAUUGGCCCCAAGAGCAUAUUCGGAGACUAUGGCCGCCAAUUUUCUGAUGGAUACCGGCUGAUCCUCAAAUUAAUGCACCAGUACGGCGUUACGCGUAUCCUCGCCAUGUCGACGAUCAGUGCUUACGACGCUCGUGAUAAGUUCGGGUUCAUGAGAACUGCUGCAUACUGGACCGUACAUACACUUGGUCGUCGAUCGCAGAAAGAAAUCCUAGCGAUUGGGGAGGUGUUUAAGGAAGAUGGAGAGGGGCUGGAUUGGACUCUGUACAGGGUAGGUGUACUUGGGAAUUCAAAGGAGGACGGACACGUUGCGCGGACGGGCUGGAUCGGAGAUGGAAAGACGACCGUUUACCUUGAGAGGAGAGACUGGGCGAACUGGAUGAUCCAGGAGGUUGAGAGAGAGCAGCCCAAGUGGGUGCGUGAGAUGCCGGUUAUUUACUCGCCUUAUCCGGGGGGAAUAUGGUAG